AUGGAGCAUAAAUUAGAAUCAAGAGAGGUGGAAGUGUCGCGUCAAGCGAACACUCCUAAGCCGGAGGGGCAGGAGGGUAAUUCCAGAACGAGCUCCCCAAGCUGGGGAGACGGAAAGAAUGCAAAGCCAAGCCGACAUUCCUGCUGGGAAACAGCGCAUAAUCCCAACAAUAAAGCUACGGCAGAACCUGAACUGGUCCGGUUCGGACUAAGCGGGAUUUAA